AUGUUGCGAACCAUCGGAGUCGUUGUGUUGGUCUCCGUCGUUGCCUGCGUCACAGCAGAAAAAGAAGUAUCCAUUCCUGUCAGUGACACGUCAGAGGGCACGCGAUGUGAUAAAGACCUGGAUGUAGCUGGUAUCUGUUUCCGGUGCUCACGACUUCCGGAGGAAAUCGCUGUGCAACUAACGACAUGUUGUAUGGAGGAUAAAGCGUAUGACGUGUGUGAGCGAUGUGUGGGUAACACGGACGCUUGCCUUAUGGAUGCAUAUAGCAUCACGGGAUCGGACAAUAGUGAAGAUAUACCAAACGAUGUUAGCACAGAAAUGGGCGACGUUGAAUAUCCCGGCGUAGCUAAGAGAUUUGGAACGACAUUCAUGGGUUCAUCAAGAUAUGGAUAUCCACGCAAACGGUACGGGAUGCUGUUCCUUGGCGGCAGGCGGAACAAGGGUGGCUACAGGUACGGCUACCGAGGUAAACGGUACGGCACACUCAACAUGGGAAGUGGUAAAGGCCUGCGGUAUCGAUAUGGAAGCGCCAUUAAGCGCGAAGACGACAGUGCCGAAGACUCAAUGGACAAACGCUACGGAACACUGAACCUGGGAAGCGGGCGCGGACUAAAAUACAGGUACGGUCGCUACGGCAAGCGAUCAGAUGAUUACCAGGACGAAAACGAACCAUUUUUUGGCGAUGAGGGAGCAGAACAGGUUGAAAAAAGAUAUGGUACAUUAUUCAUGUCAAGGAAUGGCGGACGAAAGCGUUACGGGUCCUUGUUCAUGGGGAAGUCCAAGAACUGGUAACACUCUAAGUAAUGUAUCGAUAAUUGCAUAAUUGUAUCUGCGUGAACAGUACCAUGUUAGAAACAAGGGU